AUGAGCAUUCACCUAAUUCGUGGGCGAAACAGGGAAACAAAGAAAGCCAAUCUUCCGUGUCAAAUGCAAAACCAAAUUGCAAAUACUGAUCAAAGUAACAAGUCCCUCGUCAACACAGAACAAAACAUUAACCCGGGCAAUCAAUCAGAACAGUCAGUAAUUCAAAAUAAGGAAACAAAUGAUAAAGCCAAUGCAGAAACUCCUGCAAUAGACAAAACCGCUACUGGGGAUAAUUUAAACGAACAUGAGAGCUCGGAGGCGUGCGUCUGGGCACAAUCAUAGAAAAAAUUAAAGAAUACAUGAAGCAAAAAGGCAUUUCGCCAACGUUUAUUCGAAUUUUUAACUGCUGUCCGAGUUAACGUUAAUGAGGAAGAUUGUGUAUGUAACAAUGACUUUUGGCCAAAUCAUGUCUAUGCUAGGCAGUGGCUGUCAAAACAAAGUUGGGAAAAAAGAGGUGUAUUACAUAACCAAAAUACGAGCCAACAAAACUAAAUUUGGGUUGCUGGAAUUGCAGUGGAAUAUAUGGCAAUUUUAUUUAUGCAAGAAAACGCUUGCAGAAAUUAGACGUGUUAGCUUUAAGUGAACAUUGGCUGUACAAAGAUGAAUUGUCAUUUCUAGACAGUCUCAAUGAUAAUUUUAGUGUUAUUUCGUGUACAAGUUCGGAUAAUAACAUCAGGGAAAGGUGGAAAAGAGGUCAAGGUCGUGUUGCUUUGUUCUUAAAGAAAACCCUUAAAGUCCGAGAAAUACAAACAGCGUCUGAUCGAUUGGCAUCAGUGUCAUUGAAGAUUGAGAAUAUUAAUUUUGUUAUUGUAGCAGUAUAUUUGCCUUCAAGAAACAAUGAUCUAAAAGAAUACAUGAAAACUUUAGAUACAUUGUAA